AUGUCUAGAUUCAGGAAGUGGAUUGUUGUGUUGGUAAUAAGCAGCGGCGCUCUGUGCGCCACCUGCGCUUCGUCAAUGGCUACCUUCACAGAAACUGGUGUUAGUCAGGAUCUCCAUGUAGGACAUGAAGUCGCUAUCCUGGGGAUCAGUCUGUACGUCCUUGGCCUGGGUACUGGCCCGCUACUCGUGGGCCCACUAUCCGAAGUCCAUGGCCGUAAUCCCAUCUACCGGUGUUCAUUCUUGAUGUUCUUCGCAUUUUCUUGGGCAGUCGCAUUCGCCCCGGAUAUUGCGGUCUACUUGAUAUUCCGUUUCCUGACGGGAUUUAGUAGCUCUGCGUUCCUUGGUGUUGCUGGUGGAAGCGUGAGUGAUCUGUUCGACAAUGAUAAGGUCGCGACACCCAUGGCUGUUUAUACUGUUUCGCCGUUCAUCGGUCCAGCAGCUGGGCCCUUCAUAAGUGGGCCAAACACCAACUGGAGGUGGACUUACCGGGUGCUCGUCAUCUGGAUAUUUACAGAGUUGGUCUGUAUUACCGUGCUAGUGCCAGAAACAUACGUGCCAGCAAUUCUCAAGCAGAAAGCACGGAAACUCCGCAAGUCGACUGGCGAUAGCCAUUACUGGGCACCACUAGAGAGACGCGAGCGAAGCUUGUUUCAUUCUAUGCUCAUGAGUUGUUACGUACCAUUCAAGCUAAUGGCGCUAGAAUCUAUGGCGCUACUACUCAACUUAUGGUCCGCUUUGAUCCUGGGCAUCCAGUAUCUGACCUUCCAGGCGUUUCCAAUUAUCUUUGAGGACGGUCACCACUUCGAUGUGCAGUCUACAGGACUCUCAUUCCUUGGGAUGGCCAUCGGUCUGUUCAUUGGCCUUGCGUGUCAGCCCUUCGUCAACAGGUUCUUACGCAGACAAAGGACCAAGUAUAACGGCAACCCUCCGCCAGAAAUUCGCCUCGUCAUUGGCAUGUGGGGCGCGGUUCUCAUCCCUAUCAGCCUCUUCUGGCUUGCCUUCACGACAUAUCCACAUGUGCAUUGGAUCGUGCCCAUUAUCGCCUCGGUUCCGUUCGGCACUGGCAUUCUCUUCUGCUACUCCGCGAUCUUUACGUACCUCGUCACGGCAUAUCGACCGGUUGCUGCCUCUGCGAUGUCCUCGAACACGUUUGUGCGGACAUCGUCUGCCGCAGCGUUUCCGCUGUUUGCUGGGCAGAUGUACGACCGCCUUGGGACGGUAGGCGCAACUGCGUUACUGGCGGGGCUGACAACAAUUGCCGCACCUAUUCCGUUCGUGUUCUACAGAAUCGGGGCACGACUUAGAGCUCGCUCUCGCUUCACUGGCAGCUAG